GUAUUUUGCUCCCGUGGGUCGUACGGCCGGGUGCUUGCGGAACAGGUGGAGCGGAACCUGCGACAAGGAAUCUAGCUUGUGUGAUGCUGACGAGACAGCUGAGAAGGAGUUAUGGCUUGAUGACCGGUGUGACCGGGAUCAACAUCGGUAUCGUCAGGAAGCAUUCAGUAAUGGUUGGUCUCAUCGCAGGAGCUGCCUAAACAAAGAAGUAAAAAAAUCACCGAAGAACAGUUUUUCAACCAUCAACCCAUCUGCAAUUUUUUUGUCUUGCCAUAAGGAAUUUCCUCAGAAGAGGGGGCAGGACCGCAGACCCCUCCAACUAACAAAACACACAUACAACCAUGGAGCUAACGAGACUCUGGAGACACAUAUAUUUUCUUCUUUUGGUUGGUGUUGUGGGUCUAACUUUACUCGGAGUGGCCUCAGGCAAUUUAAAGAACAGCAAUGAUGAUAUAACGUGGGACAGUUUACCGCCAGACCCCAAGUACAAUACCUCAACGGCUGAGCCACAUCUCACUUUUGACCUUGUUUUUGUUGUUGCGUCUGAGUUUAUCCAGGCCAUCGCUCCACACGAGUUUCCUUGGGACUUUUUGAGGGGCAUUAUCAAUGGGACAGUCAAUCCCCUACGAGACUACAAAGAUAUUGUCAGCUAUUCGGUGGGCUUCAUCGCCUGUUUUGCGGUGGCCCUGUUGUUUGUCGUGGUCAUGCCCAUCACGGGACUCCUCUUCUGCUGCUGUCGCCUCUGUGAGAACUGCGGCGGUAAGAUGCUGCAACGGGACAAAUACAACACCAGUUGCAGACGCUUGAGUUUUGGCUUUGCACUGUUGAUCAUUACAGCGCUGAUGACUUUGGGCCUUGCUGGAGUAAUAAUGGCAAACUCGCAGAUGUCAACAUCCGUGAAUGACAUCAAACCCACGAUAGAUUCCAACCUUGAUGACGUCGGUGCCUACCUGAAGCAUACAUUUCAGGAGUUUUACUUCUUGGCAGUUCAGCAAUUUGGCUACGUGUCGGGGCUCAUCUUUACCGACCUGCUGCAUGUGGAUAGGCUGGUUGGCAAGCCCAUACGCGAUGACUUUGCACGGCAGGUUGAGCCAGCCCUGCGGUCGGUGAACAGUCUCGGGAAAGAAACGAUAGGUCUUCAGGGCAAUCUGCGUGCCGUCAAUGAGUCCGUCGCUAUGCUCUUGGAGAAGGGGGCCAGCCUGCAGGAAAUGCUGGACACUGCCCGUGGGGACAUCAACGCCACCCUGCAGUCCAUCCCAUGCAAUCCGGGACAAACCUGCCCUAAAGAUGUAGUUAACCUGAGUGAGAUUACCGUGGCUGCCGAUUUCAGUAUCAUUGACGUUCAGGCAGAAUUAAACCUGGUCAAUGAUGCACUGAAUGCCAACAUUACAGAAUUGGUUGACAAGGGCCAAGAGGAGUUGGACGGCAUCCCCGACAGAGUUAAAAACGAGAGUCAAGAUGCAGUGGACUAUUUCAAGCUUGUGCUUGAUAAACUGGCAGAAAGCAUCCUGGAAGAGAUUCAAAACAUCGACUUCAAAAUCUCACCGGAGGUUGAGAAGUUCCUUGCGGCAUUUUCAAAAGAUGCCACAACGCCUCAAGCAAAACAGCUCUACAGUUCCAUUGAACUCGUCCACACAAUUGAUAAAUACAGGUUUUAUGUUGGCAUCGCUCUGUCCUGCAUCAUCUUCAUCGUCAUCCUGUGCAAUGUCUUGGGCAUGCUCUUUGGGGAGUGUGGCCGGGACAAGAAGGACCGACCGACCGAGAGGCCGUGCCUUUCCAACUUUGGCGGGACGCUGCUACUGGCGGGUGUGGCCUUUUCCUUCAUCUUUUCUGCCUUGAUCAUGAUACUGACCACCCUGUGUUUCCUGCUGGGAGGUAUCUCAGAGAAGGUCAUCUGUGAGCCAGUAACAAGCAGGGCCAUCUUCAAAGAGGUGGUUGACUAUCCUUACCUUAUCGACAGGGAUUCACGGUAUUGGCUGAGUGAUAACCUGUUUGGGAAAGGAUCAGAUCCGUUGACGGUUGAGAGUGUUAUCAUCUCUUGUGAAAUGGACUAUGGGUUGUACACGGCACUCAAGCUGGGUAACAUCUUCAAUAUAACCGCAGCGCUGGAUUAUAGAAAGAUGUAUCCAGACAUUGAAACCAAACUUGGCGACAUUAAUGUAGACCUAUCCCAAGUUCAAAUUCUGGACCCUGAAAUGAAGAUGGCCUUGACAAAGUUCGUCGAUUCUGGAGUAGCCAACCUCAACUACACACAGUACCUUCAAGAGAUUAGGAAAGGGGUCACACAGGCAAAUCUUACGGGCAUUGCAGCUGAUCUAGAGAGAUUUGCACAAUUGUCGUUGCCUUACUCGAACCAAAGCAAAUUAAGAUUGCAUGCAAACACUUUACGGAUGUACCAAACGGACCUCGUUGACCCAAUGGAAAGCUACGUGGAUACCCUAGAGGCCAGUUUAGAUGUUCUAAUGGCCAAAGUGGGCAAUCUGAGUCCGUCGGUUAACAAGUCUUUAAUUGACGUUCAGGAAACUCAAGAUUACAUACACAAUCACGGUCCAACACUGUUCAAUGAGGCUCUUAAGCAGUUUGUCAACAAGAUCCUAAACUACGUUGACCAGUAUGUCUUGUAUGUUCUCGGGGAGGUGAAUAAUGAGGUUGGUGGAUGUAAGCCUGUUGCCAAUCUGUACGAUUCCUUGGAAAUCCUCGUGUGCAAGAACCUGGUAUAUGCCUUUAAUGGUUUCUGGCUCUGCCUGGGAUGGUGCGUCAUCCUCUUCAUCCCAAGCAUUAUUUUUGCCGUUAAACUUUCCAAGUUUUACCGGCGGAUGCGAUUCUACGAAGAUUACUACAAUGCAUUUAGCAGCUGUGUCGCUGGUGAGAAUCGCUGCGAUGUGAUUCGAUUGAAGUCUCUGACACGACAUGGAGACAGUUCCAAUGAAGAUCUACGAAUAGAAGAUGUGAAGGAUGAAGAGGAGGAAUGUUCAGCCACAGAAUCCUGGGAACCGGACGAUGACAAAAAGCAGGCACCUUACUUUUCCCCCAGAAUUUCAUGAAUGACAUCUAUCUGUCUGUUAAAACAAAACCAACAAGAAGCAUGCGUUUCAUCAGAUAGCCAAUUUCAUCAACAGAUUUCAGAAAUAAUUACCAGUAGGGUUUUUUUUUGGGGGGGAUGGGUUAAUUUUUUCCCUUUUAAUUUCAGUUUAGUGUUAUAUAUGGUAUAGGACCAUAUGUUUCUUUGACAGUUUAGACGUGAUACCUCUAAUGUAAUUUAAUGGUGAUGUCAAACCUGUCAUGAUUUAAUGAAAUCUGCCCCAACCCCAAAGCAUCCCCAAGGCAUGUUGAGAUGAAUGAAUGAAGUUCCCAAAUUAGUUUCUUUCAUUUUGGAAUAACAGAACAUACAAGGCCAUUCGUCUGCGUCUGUGUCCCUGAUUGUCAGUUGGCACUUCCAUUCCUGUCUGUUCAGGGAGUCUGAUUCAUGGACUUUGAGAAUAAAACCUGUUGUUCCUCUUUUAACUUGAUUAAUUAUUGAGGUGCUUUGGGAGUGAAAAACGUUAAGAAGUAGCCAUUGGGACAUCCUGUGUGUUUUCCAAUGUGAGUUGGUCCGUUACACUUAUGUCGGCGACCACCUCAGCCUUUUGGUCAUUAUUGCACCUCAGACACAAGAAAGAAAAACAAGAUCCAAGAUAUAAAAAAA